ACCACAAAAAACCACCUUCAUCACCAACACUUUUUUUUUAUAAACGUUGUUCACAUUACGGCCGCACAAUUGCACACUACUACCAUAGAUAUCCGCACCGCUAUUACUACCGUAUGGAGCGUGGCGCCGGCGGUGGUCAGCAGCCGUACCAUCACGCUCAUACGUACAUGACCGCAUCUGACGAAUACACCGGUCAAUCGUCGUUCGAUAAUCCGGCUACGAAAAAGAAGCCACCUAAACUAAAAGCAAUUAAUCGCUCUAUCUCCAUGGCCAUUGAUAAUUAUGAAGGGGCGGCUGGAGGGGGGUUUGAGGAUUCGUCUUUGAUUAUCGAACAGCCGUUAAUACAUAGGGCAGCCUCGCCGGUUGCCAUACGCUCAGCCCCACCGCCACAAACGCUUGCACUACCCACAGCUCUGCACCACGGUGGCGGUGGCGGAGGCGGUAGUGGAGCUGUUUCACCUGCACUCUCUGCACGCCAGCAGCAACAACGCAUGCUUUCGUUUCAACACUUGGCAUCAUCAGCCCGCCAAUACAGCCAGCAACAGCAACACCACUCCAGCUCCGCCAGUUCGCCUACCUCGCAUGCUGUUAGUCCGGUGCUCGGUGGUGGGGCCCGUCAAACACAGCACCAACAACAACAUCCAGACAUUUACUUAGUCAGUAGUGGCAGCCUCGGCGAAGAUAUGGCUGUCGGUACGACAGGCGUGGGUGGCAGUUCAUCGCCUAUACAAUUUAUUGAUGAUUAUAUGCUGCCGCCAACGCACGGUCGUCAUGCUGCCACGCACCCACUUAAGAAAAGCAUGUUUCGACGUUCCGAUACUAUUGAUAUACAUCCGGCUUCUACUUUUCAGAUGAAGAAAACCCAUUCCUUUCAUGCACCCACCGACAGCGGCCCUUUAGUCGAUCCCUUAUUAUUAGGUGCUAUUGGUGCACAAACUCCCUCGGCUUCAUCAUCUCGACGUACGAGUUCAGUAAGAGGCAAUUUUCUAAUGCCUGGACAUGCUUCUACAAAGGAUUUAAGUCGUUCUCCAUCGCCAAGUCGUCGAGGGUGUCGUUCACAUCGUUCUCUACAUGAGCCAAGUCGACGGCCUAGCGGUAAACCGGAUACGGUAACCGAAUCACAAAUACGUCACCCUUCUCUGAACGAUGAUCUUGUAGAUCCGAACGAUGCCCGUUCCCUGCAUAUGCCGCAAGCAACACUGUCAUUAGAAAAUGAACUCUUCGCAGAAUCACGUUCGCGCAGUAACAGUCACACGAAAAUGGACGAUGUGGGGACAACGGACGCAACACUACAUCCAAGGAGUGCAGGUAUACGCAAAACCUCAGGUUCCUUUGAGGAAGCGAUAAUAAGUUCCGCCAGCCAUCCGGCAGCCGCUACCAGUAGUUUAAAAAAACGUGAUCAUCCACACACAUCAAGACAGCACAGCACACAUAGCUUAGAAUUAGAUGGACGACCAUCCACCUCUGCAGCGGCAGCGGCAGCAGCCGCAUCUACACAUUCUUCGUUGCAUUUGCAUGGCGCUGCCGCUGCGGCCACUGCGGCAUAUCAUUUUAAACGUGGCGCUCAGCACGGCCGUUCACUUUACCUAUCACCUAACGCGCUCGACGAGCUACAGGUCCAUCAUCGUCCCACAGUUUUGGCAGCUGCCGCUGCCUUUCAAGGUACCAAUGCCAGUGCGAGCAGUCUUAAACAGGCUAAAGCUUUACACAGUGCCAGUAUGCGUUUGAAAACUUAUCGCGAAACUUUAAGCGCUAGUAAAAAAUCGAAAAGUUUUAUAGCGGACGGCACUUACCCACCACCCAUUAAUGUAGCUACUAACGAAUUUGUCGAGCUUACUUCACCCCACCGACGUAACAGUGGACGACCGCUGUCUUCUGCGACCGGUGCGACCGGAGCCACCACUAUAGAAGAUAUUAAACGAAGUCCCCGACCGGUAUCUUUAUCGUCUGCCGCAUCAUCAGCGGCGGCCACGAGCGCCUUUAUCGAAGAGAAACGUCCAUCAUUUGAACGCAAACCCUCAUUAACUUAUGAACUGAGUGACGCUGCCUUCGAACAAGUGUUAAGACCAUUUCAUCAUAAAGCUACAGGCGGUAUGGCACGUAAACCAUCGCUGGCUGGUUCCCAUAAGCCUCCAUUAAAAAAGAAAUCUCUUAGCGAUGAAACGGAUGAAGAUGAGGAGUCAGAUCGCAAACGUAAACGUAUUGUUUGCAUAGUGAUGACAGUGUUUUUAUGCUUAGUAUGUGCCAGUGUAUUUGUUGUAAUUAUGACCUUAACCCAUUCUUCGGGGCAAACGCAUCAUCAUCAUUUAACAACAAAGAAAACGUAUUCAUACAAUCGCGAGGUUCCUGUACACUAUAACGUUCGACAAGAGAAUGAACGUUUAAUGAAAGAGACGAUGGAGCGAGGACGUUACGGUAAGAAUUUAACUGAGACAGCAUCCUCUUUAUUGGCAGCCACCACUUCGGCAUUAUUAACUCUGCCCCAGCAACAGCAACAGCAACAUCAGCAGCAACAUCACCACCAGCAGCAGCAGCAGCAGCAGCAGCAACAACAACAACAACAACAACAGCAGCAGCAGCAGCAACAUCAACCGCAGCAAAUGUCAGCAAUACAGCAGCAAGAACCUUUCCAGCGCCAAUAGCAUACACUUCCUUAUUUACA